AUGUUCCCCAGGCGCAUUGUAGCGGCACGCCCGCUGGCUCGAGCCGUCGUCCCCGCCGUAGCCCGGCCACGACCCCAAUUCACCCAAAUCCGAACCGCCCUCACCGACGCUGAGAAGGCCCACGCUGAGCUCACAGACCCGAACCAAAACGGCGGCUACAUCAACCCUCCCGCUGAGAAGCGAGGAAACCGCGACCCGUACGGUGACUACUGGGACAAGCAGGAGCGCCGCAACUAUGGCGAGCCCUGCCACGAGGACAACGAUAUCAUGGGUGUACUAGCGCUCCACGACUACAACCACUUCACCCCCCAAUGGGGCUUCGUCCUACUGGGCACCUUCGUCGCUUCUGUCUUCGGACUCUGCGCGGCUGUUGGCACCUUUUACCCCGACAAGCUUAGUGCGCCCAAGACAUACCCAGAUGGUCUGGAGGCUGAGCUGGGUGGAAAGGGUGCAUUGCUAGCAAGGAAGCCCGGUGAGGGCUGGGGCACCAUUCGCCACUACGUCAUCGCAGCAAUCCAGGAGCACACCCUCGUGGGCCCCAUGCAUCCCGCAAUUCAUGCCCAGGCCAUGAGAGCACUCAAGUUCCCACUGGCCACGGACUGA